GGCCGACACAACACCCUUCACAAAAAAAAAUAAAACACACUCUCUCUUCAUUACUAGUCUCAGGCUUCUAGCUUCAGGCUUCAAGCUUCGAAUCUCUCUCUCUCUUUCCUCUGGCAUCUUCUUUAAUGGCGAUGUAUCCUACCACUGAGCCUUCCAACAACUACUGCGACUACCCUUUCUCCUCCUCCUCGUUCAUCGGCUGUGCUUUUGCGUCCAUGGUUCUCUACCAUGUGCUUCAUCUCACCUGAUCUGCACCUCUGAACACAGCUAAAAUCAACUACUACAGCUGCUACAAGACGAAAUAACCAAAAAGAAAGAAAAAACCAACAAAAAGAAGCCAGGAAUGGCUUACAAUAACAGAGCUUUUUCUCUUUCUCUGACUCGUUUGCUACUCACUGAUUUAGUCUUACAAUGUUUGAUCUUGGCUUUCACUCCAGUUCAAUGCACCACUGAUUCUACUGAUGUUCAAGCGCUUCAGGUUAUGUACACUGCAUUGAACAGUCCUGCUAAGUUAACAAAUUGGAAAACUAAUGGUGGUGACCCAUGUGGAGAGUCAUGGAAAGGGGUUACUUGUGAGGGCUCGGCUGUCGUUUCUGUUGAUAUUUCUGGGUUAGGACUUUCUGGAGCUAUGGGAUACUUGCUCUCUGAUCUUAUGUCUUUGAGAACACUUGAUUUGAGUAACAAUAACAUUCAUGAUACAAUCCCAUACCAGUUGCCACCGAAUCUUACGAGCCUGAAUCUUGCAGGUAACAACUUAAGUGGGAAUCUUCCUUACUCCAUUUCUACUAUGGUUACUCUUACUUACCUGAAUUUAAGCCAUAAUUCACUCUCCCUGUCUGUUGGAGACAUUUUUGCUAAUCUUGCCGACCUUGGGACCUUGGAUCUUUCCUUCAACAAUUUUAGUGGGGAUCUUCCUAAUUCGUUUAGCUCAUUGAGCAAUCUUUCUAUGCUGUAUAUGCAGAACAAUCAAUUGACUGGUUCCCUUAAUGUCCUUUCCGGUUUAUCUUUGACAAUUCUAAAUGUUGCGAAGAACCAUUUCAGUGGAUGGAUUCCUCAAGAGCUUUUUUCACUCCCAACUUUUAUAUAUGAUGGCAACUCCUUUGCCAAUGGUCCUGCCCCUCCUCCACCACCAUAUAGUCCACCUCCACCUCGUAGAUCUCAUAAUAAACAUAAUUCUGGAUCAGGAGCUCGUACAUCCCCUGCUUCGGAUGGUCAAUCAUCAGAUUCAGAUAAUGGACCAUCAGCCCAACUUAUUGUAGGCAUAGUUCUUGGCUCUUUGUUACUGGUUGUCCUGGCACUACUUGCUCUCGUUUUCUGCAUCCAUAAAAAUAAAAAGAAGGUGAGUGGUGCAAGAGCUUCAAGGGGAAGUCUUUCAGUUGGCUCCAACGAUGGACAUACUGAAAUGCAAGAGCAGAGGGUGAAAAAUGUUGCUGCUGUAAUAGAUUUGAAACCCCCACCAGCAGAAAAAUUGACGGUUGAUAAGAUGUCAAAAAAUGGAUCUCUAAAGAGAAUGAAGUCACCCAUCACUGCUACAUCAUAUACUGUCGCUUCUUUGCAAACAGCGACAAAUAGUUUUAGUCAAGAAUAUCUUAUUGGUGAAGGUUCCCUUGGUCGUGUUUACAGGGCAGAGUUUCCAAAUGGAAAGACAAUGGCUAUUAAAAAAAUCGACAAUGCUGCACUAUCAUUACAAGAGGAAGAUAAUUUUCUGGAAGCUGUCUCCAAUAUGUCACGCUUGAGGCAUCCAAAUAUUGUUACAUUGGCUGGAUACUGUGCAGAGCAUGGACAGCGUCUUCUGGUAUAUGAAUAUGUAGGAAAUGGAAGUCUUCAUGAUAUGCUGCACUUUUCUGAUGAUGGCAGCAAGACAUUAAGCUGGAAUGCACGUGUCAGAGUGGCACUUGGCACUGCCCGGGCUUUAGAGUACUUGCAUGAAGUGUGCUUGCCUUCAGUGGUACAUAGAAACUUCAAGUCGGCAAACAUCUUACUUGAUGAAGAGCUCAAUCCCCACUUGUCUGACUGUGGUUUAGCUGCUCUUACACCAAAUACUGAGCGACAGGUUUCAACACAGAUGGUUGGAUCAUUUGGUUAUAGUGCUCCUGAGUUUGCAUUGUCAGGACUAUAUACUGUAAAGAGUGAUGUGUACAGUUUUGGGGUGGUGAUGUUGGAGCUGCUGACUGGUCGAAAACCACUGGAUAGUUCAAGGACGAGGUCAGAGCAAUCACUUGUCAGAUGGGCCACUCCCCAACUACAUGAUAUAGAUGCUUUGGCUAAAAUGGUUGAUCCUGCCCUCAAUGGCAUGUAUCCUGCAAAGUCUCUGUCACGCUUUGCUGACAUUAUUGCUCUGUGUGUUCAGCCGGAACCUGAGUUUCGACCUCCCAUGUCUGAGGUUGUCCAAGCUUUAGUGAGGUUAGUGCAAAGGGCAAGCGUGGUCAAAAGGCGAUCGAGUGAUGAAUCAGGAUUUGCAUACAAGACCCCAGAUCAUGAUGCAGUCGACAUGUCAUUCUAAAGUGUCUGGUUGAAACUUGGAGCUUGAAAAAAACCGAUACCUUGCAAUCAUGGAUGCAACAUGCUAAGGUGUAGGAUGACUGAAGAGCACACAAGUUAAAAGAGAGAAAGCUCCUAGAAGAGAAUCAAAAUCGAGAAUGAACCCAAAAAAAAAAAGUUAUGUAAUUAUAUCUCACACAUCGUCACUUUAAACUUUUAUAGUUUUACAGUGCAAGUAUAUAGGUGUAUUAUUGGACAUCAUGAUGCACAUUCACUGUUUUGCAUCUUAAUAAAAGAAAAAAAAAAAGUUUCCUUCAAUUCAAGCAAAGUA